CUCUCAUCUGCAUCUCUCACAUCCACCACACCCACACCCACAAUGGUAAACACCAAAGCUCAGUUCGACAAGGCAGUCGCCAUCGUCAAGGGUCUCCCCGCUGACGGACCCAUCAAGCCUUCCCAGGAGGACAAGCUUGCUUUCUACGCCCACUACAAGCAGGCCAACGAGGGCGACGUCUCCGGCCCCGCUCCUGGUGUCUUUGACUUUGUUGGCAAGGCCAAGUACAACGCCUGGAAGAAGAUUGCUGGCCUCAGCAAGGAGGAUGCUCAGGUCAAGUACGUCGAGCUUUUGAAGCAGAUGCUUAGCAAGUCUGACGACGAGUCCUCCAAGAACUACCUCGCCGAGAUUGAGGCUGCUGGCGCCCAGGCUUAAAUUUAAAUCAGACUAUUUCAAGAGAAGGCCUUCUAUAUGCAA